GGAUGUGGACAGGUCCUGCGUGGAUUCUGGCCGUUUUAUGGCUUUUUGCUGCGACCUGUGAGACCCAUGCAAGCUCAAACCUAUUCGUCGCCUCGCCGAAUCUGCUGAGGGUGAAUUCUGAUGAGGAUGUUUGGGUUACGCUGCAUCACACCCAGAACAGCCCGGCAACAGUCAAGGUCUACCUCGAGAACUAUCCCGAUAGGGGGCAAAGGUUCUCAGAGAAAACUAUCAGUGUGGGAACAGAUGAGAGUAAGAAGGUGACCAUGCGAGUGGGCUGGGGGGACAUCCCUCAAGGAUCACAGCAGACCUAUGUCUACCUGGUAGCCGAAUGUCAGGCCCUCGGCUUCAGGAAAGAAUCGGUCAUCUUACUCUCCAAGAAGUCAGGCUAUCUCUUCCUGCAAACAGACAAACCUCUCUACAAUCCACAUGAAGCGGUCCGUAUCCGAGUAGUUUCUCUCAAUUCCGAAAUGAAGCCUUCAAACCUCGCGAUCUCUCUAGAUGUCAUAAAUCCAAACGGCGACGUGAUCAAACGCUUUCCUAACCGAAAGGCUACAAAUGGUUUCGUGACGGAAGACUUCCUACUUCCAAAGAUUUUGACCUUUGGAAACUGGACACUUCAAGCAAGUUACAGGGACACAUUGCAGCCCUCGACUACAAAAACGACCAGAGAAUUUGAAGUCAAGGAAUACGUGUUGCCAACAUUUUCUGUACAAGUAAAAAUCUUAGAUGAUUAUAUCCUCUCGUCGCAGGCGGAAGUCCAGUUCAAGAUAACUGCAAAUUACGUUUUCGGUACACCAGUCAAAGGCCAAGGUACUGCUUCCUUCUACCUGCUUUCUGACGGCAUUGAGAUCUACAUUGGCUUCAGACCAAUAGAUGAUCUGGACGAGCACGUUGAAUCAAUAACAAGACAUCAAUUCGGCAACAACUGGUUCCCUGAAGAAGGGUCGCGGUUAUUGGUGAAGGUGACAGUGACAGAGGGAGCCACUGGGAAGCAAGAGAGUGCCAUGGACUCAUCAGCCGUCUUCGUGAAGAGUCCCUUCGUCAUCUCCUAUGAGAGGAUGCCUAAGUUUCACAGGCCUGGUCUGCCCUUUACAAUUAAGGUCGACCUGACCAACCCUAACAAGAAUGCAGCGAGUGGUGUCCCUAUCCGCGUCGAGGCCCUUGUCACGGUAGGGGGCAUACAGCAAGGUGCUCACAGUAAUCAAGUCGGGGUCAGUGACUACCAGACAGAUGAGAAUGGGAGGCAGGACAUCACUGUGGAUAUACCUGUCAAUGCAGGAGAACUACAAAUAAAGGUGACGACAGAUGAUUCUAUGUUCCCACAAAUACAUCAAACAAGCAGCGACAUCUUACUCCACCCCCACACAAGUGCCAGCAAUGAAUACAUGUUCCUCCAGUUGAGCAACAUCGGAAGAGGAAUCAGAGUCAACAAUGUCCAAGAGAUCAAGUCAGAUUUUACGAAGGCUGGGACGAAGAAGGUCAACUUCAUGGUUGUCGCUAGAGGCAAGAUUCUGCACCAUUUCGUGAAAGCAGUGAAUGACAGGACUACCCAUGUAAAUAUACAGAUCAGCCCCCUUAUGUCCCCGCAAGCCAGAGUGAUAGCCUACUACGUCAGUGGCAGCGAGAUCAUCAGUGAUUCGUUGGUGCUAGAUAUUGUCGAGUCAUGUGGGAAUGAGCUCACGAUAACCGUAGACAGGGAGAGAAAGGAAUACGCUCCAAAGGAUAAUGUUCGACUCACUGUGAAUGCAGGCAAGGGCGCGACUGUCUCGAUUCUUGGAGUGGACAAGGCUAUCUAUCUGCUCAGUGAGAAAGACAUACUGACCAGGAGUAAGAUGUUUAAUAAGAUGUUAGAGAUGGACAUAGGGUGUGGGCCAGGUGGUGGCAGGGACACCUCAGACGUGUUUAAGCAAGCUGGCCUAAGCAUCAUUGCCACUUCAGGUAACAUGGUCUCUACAAGGAGGCACACAGAGGGAUGCUCACAACAUGGCUUCAGGAGACGACGGGACAUCUUAGAGACAGUUAGAGACAUUAUGGCCCGCCUGAGAAUGGGAGACAAGACCUGCUGCACCCAUGGAGUGGAGGACAGUAUUGAUGCUUCGAAGUCAUGUGCAAGGCUGGCGCGGAACUUCGGGUCAAGCAGGCUAACAUGCGCUCAUGCAUAUGUACAGUGCUGUGAAGCAGGGCGACGUGUGAUUGCCGCUUCGCGUGGUCGAAGUGACUCAGAUGGAUUGACCAUGCGGUUAACUGAACUCGUGGAUGAGGACGUUGAGAUAGACAGGAGGAGUGACUUCAGGGAGACCUGGAUCAACGAGCUCCUCACCCUCGGACCAAAUAAAGCAAGCACCGUCCUGACUCGGAGACUCCCCGAUUCGAUCACCACGUGGGUGAUCUCUGGGGUGAGCGUGUCACCAGACCAGGGCAUGUGUGUGGCAGUACCGACCAACAUCACAAGCAGGAAGAAAUUCUUCGUCCACGUUGAUCUACCGUACGCUGCAGUCAGGACAGAACAGCUCGAGGUCAAGGCCACGAUUUAUAACCUCGGCGAUAGAGACAUAAGGGUCCACGUGAGCUUGAAGGCAGAUGACAGUAUUUGUUAUGCAGCAGAGUCCGGCAAAUACACAUAUCGCCAGGAGAUCUAUGUGGGAAAGGGGUCAGCCGAGUCUGUCACCUUCCCUGUUGUUCCGCUCAAGACCAAAGAACAACCUUCUGAAAUCCAUGUUAAGGCACUGACUGCUUAUGAAGGUGAUGAAGUUAUCAAGCAACUGCGAGUCCACAAUGAAGGAGUAAAGAAGACCAAGACUGAGAGCAUCCGCUUGGAUCCUGAAGGUGUCAUGGGUGAUGCUGGUAGUGGAGCUGCAGAUUGGAGUGUGAACAUCAACAAAGAAAACAAACGACAGAACAUACAGAUUCCUCUCAAGUUUCCUGAAGACACCCUGCCUGGUACCGAGGCAUGCUCUGUCAGUAUUCACGGAAGUUUACUCGGCCCCAUGGUCCCAUCAGCAGACUUCAACAUAUCUAGUAGGAUCAAGCUACCGACAGGCUGCGGGGAACAGAAUAUGAUCACAAUGGGUCCGCUAGUCUAUGCCACAAGAUACCUUCUACGGAUUGGGAAACUAACAGGCGAGCUUGAGGCGAAUGCCUAUGACCACAUCAGCAAGGGAUAUGAGAGUCAGCUGGCCUAUAAGAAGAAGGAUGGUUCGUUUUCUGCCUGGGAUCAUUAUCCUUCUAGCUCAUGGUUGACUGCCUUUGUCACCAAAGUGUUCUGCCAGGCCAGCACUUUUGACCAGAUCGGCGAGAAAGUACGAGAGCACGUGAUCGACGCCGUGAACUGGCUCUUCAAGAAUGCGCAGGACGGCAGAAGCGGGAAGUUCUUUGAAACUCAUGUCGUCAUGCAUAAAGAAAUGUUGGGCCAGAGCCUGAUGAAUGAUGUAACCUUGACAUCUUUCAUUGUGGAGUGCAUCUCAAGAUGUAAAGAUGUGAUCGACUUAUCAUCCCGUGAAUUCGCAUAUCCAAUGCGCAAGGCAGUCCAGUACCUUGAAAGCAACCGGUACAGUCAACUCAGCAACCCAUACGGCCAGGCGAUCAUCACGUAUGCAUUGACCCUGGUGAACAGCGCACACAGAUUUGAAGCCAAUGAAAGGCUACGGGAAAUGUCUGAUUUUGAUAGAGUGACUGGCAUGCGCUACUGGAGCCUUGAUGGUCGAUCUGCGAACCACGAUGCUCCGUCCUGGUACCUUGAAAGCCCGCCCGCCGCCUCCAUCGAGACCGCAUCAUAUGCCCUCCUCACCCAACUCGCCAUCAGCGACCAGGAGAGUUACUUCACCUACAUUGGGCCUAUAGCCUCGUGGCUGAUCCGACAGAGAACGAAGAUGGGAAGUUUUUCGUCUACUACCGAUACCGUACUUGGAAUGGAGGCUCUGACCGAAUACGCCUCCAGAGCUAACACAAAGAGCAAGCUGGACAUGCAUAUACGACUCUUUGCUGGAGGGAGGAACUUUGGUGCAAAUGAGAACCUGAAGCUGGACGAAAAUAAUGCGUUGAUUCCUAUACUUAUUGAAGACAAUCUACCAAUAGGGGACAAGCUGAUGGUACAAGCGACCGGCACAGGGAUGGCCCAGCUACAGGUCGAGUGUUCUUACUAUGCUCCACCGAAGGACGGCGAGGGCUGCCCUUUCACUUUAGAGGUCGACAGCUCUGAAUACAAAGCGACGGCUGCCGACCUAGGUCCCCUCGAAGAUGUCCCUCCUCCGCCAAUGGAUGACGAUAGGUCGAGGUUUGGGCGAUCUGCUGAUGAAGGAGGGACCAGCAAGUUCGUUGCAAGGAUUCAGUCUAGGAUUAGGUUUAACGGCGGCCAGAAGGUGGGCAUGUCCAUGCUUGAAGUCUCCCUGUUCACUGGAUUCGAACCUUACAUGGAUGAUCUGAAAAAGAUGAAAAAGAGCGGCAUAGUUGACCAGUAUGAAAUCACAGGAUCCUCUGUGCUCUUUUAUCUCAAAGAGAUUUCUAGUAUUGAGGACACCUUCGUGACGUUCCGAGCGACCCAGAAGUAUAAAGUUGGCAAGACCCAGCCCGUGGCCGUCAAGGUGUAUGACUACUACGAGCCCAACACCCGACAAUGUACCAAGUUCUACCACCCUCAUGCCAGGAGUGCCCUGUUGGCUCAGUCCUGUGAGGAUUCGCAGGGGAGGAAGGUCUGCGCCUGCGUAGCAGGAACAUGCGCCGAGUAUUGGGGCUUCGACCGACUUCACCUUCCGAGGGGUAAGAGCUAUAAAGUGAAGACACGAAGUGCCCUUUACCAGGAGGCAUGUGAGAUCUACGAUUAUGUUGUGAAAGUGAGAGCAGGAGAGCGAUUUACCAACAGACCUCUGGUAGAGAUGUACGCAGAGAUUGAACAUGUCAUCAAACUAGGAAGCGACAAUUUCGAGACUGAUGAGACGAUUCACUUCGUUUGGAACUCUGAAUGUGUGUACCCGCUGAUGGAGGAUGGUGUGUCGUACCUGGUGAUGGGAAUGGACGGAAAACAAUACGUGGAUAAGAAUGGCAGAGCAAAGACCAAGUACAUCCUUGAUUCAGCAAGCCACGUUGUGCAAUGGUACGGACGAGAAAGACGGGGAUACAUGAAUGCCCUGAAUUCUUUUGCUGGUAAGCUGCUCCGCCGGGGAUGCGGCCAGUAACGAAAUGGACUGGUAUAGCCAGGAUUCGAUGAACGGGUGGCUGGGGGAGUAAUGGCCUCCAAGCUGAGAAGGUGAAUAUAGGACAGUCAUGGCCCUGACUGAGUAUGGACAAGCCCGCUGGGACUACAUGUAUACAAGCAUCCCGCGAUAUUGUUGUUACAUUUGCAUUUGAAUGUACCAUUAUGGUAUAUUCCGUUCACAUCUUGGAACUAGAUUUGCGUCUGUACCAAUAAGAGGAUUCAACAAUUCGUAAAAUUAAUGUAACUGUACCAAAAUGAAUGAAAUUUUACUGCCCCAUAAACGAAACAUUUUGUUUUUUUGCGUCUACUCCGUGUCCAGCUUUCUCCCAGUGGAAAGCCUGAAAAUAUGAUUCUGUCUCUCUCACCGAUGGUAACGCGGUCGAGUUUCUAGGCUGAUCGGUCUGGUUGUGCACGUGACUGUCUCCGUUAUCUCUCACUGUGGGUAACAUUGCGGAGCCACAUGCCCGGACUCCUAGUCUGCUUGCGACUGUCCCAUUUCUCUCUCCUUGUCGAUGACAUGAUGAAUCGAGCAGCAAG